GCGGAGAGCGAAAGCAAAAGCCGCGUGUGGCCCCGCCCCGCGCGCUGCGGCUGGAGGGAGCAGCGGAAGCUCGUCAGGCUGCGGGUUGGGCGACUCCGGGUCCCCGCUCCGGCUCCUCCGGCGCCCCCGCCCGCUCCCUCCCUCCUUCGGCUCGCCAGGAAGAAUCAGUGCGGCGGAGAGCGGCGGCGGCGGCUUGCCCACCCCGAGGCUGGACAUGUGGGCGCUGAGCGUGUGUUGGGUGCUGCUGGGCACUCUGGGCGCCGGUUCUGCGCAGUUGGUGUUUAAGAAGAUUCAGAAUGUUUCCUUUGAUGUCUGUAAUACAACUGAAAUUAUCAUACCGUGCAUAGUUACUAAUCUACAAAGGUUCAGCAGAGAUGAAAUGUUUUUGAACUGGAAAAUAGAUGGGAAAGAGUUUUUUACUUAUGAUGGCUAUGAGAACAGGUAUUUCAAAAACAAUACUUUUUUGAGUGUAGAUCUACUGGAUAUAUUGAACCUAACUGCUGGUGUUGCAUCAAUCAAGAUGUCUCUAAAGGAAGCCGUUCCUGGAAACUACACGUGUAUAGUAGUAGAAAGAAACAGAGAAGGAGAGCAUGUAAUUGAACUUCGAUAUGGUACACAAUUUUGGUUUCAACCAAUGGAAAGUUUCUUAGUCAUUGGUGCAGCCAUAUUGGCGGUAGCAUUGUUUUUGCUACAGGUUGGCUAUGUUGCUGUGAAGUUUGAGAUGAGUCUCCUUAAGAAGAUCAGCUUUGGUCUCGUAGCACUAAUAGUCAUGAUUAUUGUUGUGCCUGGUGCUGCUCUUUUGGUCAAAGAGGGCUAUACAUUAGCAUCUCAAUUUGGUCUUGGCUUAGUUGUACUCCCUACUAUCCUUUUGGUGCCGCCUCUCUUCUUUGUGUUUCAAUCAGUUUUCGAGAAGCCACCGCUCUUUGCAAUUAUUCUGAUAAUUCUGAAAGCGCUUGGAUAUUUAAUUGCUGUGGCAGGUUUGGCUACAAGUUUGCCAGAAUGCCCACCAAAACAAACUUCUGUUGUGAUUGCAGGCUUAGGAAUUAUUGAUAUUGUAGCAGCAAUUGCUUUCAUUUAUAUGGUUGUUAUUGGUACCAGAUUCAAAGAUCAUCAGCCUCCAAAGAAAGCUGUCGAAGAACCGCUUAAUGAUGCGAAAGGAGUGAUGUUAGAAUGAUGGUAACAAAGUAAAGCAAUCUGGCAAUGGACAUGGAAACAAGUGGAGAAAGACUUUUGUUGAUACACCGUGGCCUUGAUGAUGCACUACUCAAAGAAAAAGAAAAUCAGGAAAUUAGUUGUUUUGCAUGUGUGAAAAAGUGCUGUAAUGACUUAUGAGGUAACUUUAUAGUCACAGGAGUUGUGGUAAUGUUUAAAAGAGAAAUGAGUGUAUGCACGUGAGUUUAUUUUUAUUUCUCUCCUUUUUGGUUAGAUGAGGGAAAGAAUACAAAGGACUCUCUCUCUCUCUCUCUUUUUACCCACCGUUUUGUGUCUCUUUAGUGCUGCACUGUUGAACUGCCACUUUUCCAGACUUCAUGAAAGGACUACUUUCCAACAUAACAGUGUUUGGCACAUUAGCGCCUUUCUGUCCUGGGCCAAUUUCUGUGAUGCUAUACAGCAGCUACUUCUUACAUGAAGUAGCACUCCUAGCCUCAAAACUGGGGAGCAGUGUUGAAGGAAGGGAAGCAGAAGAGUUGCUCAUGAGUCCGCGGUUCUCACUUUUUCUUUUUUUACUUUUUAAAAAACUUUUUGUACAUAUAACUGUUCAGUGCUAAUGUAUUUGCUCGACCUUUCCCAACCUAGUUGUCCCUCAAGUGUGUUGAACUACAACUCCCCGUCAGCACCAGCCACACAGCCAUGCUGGAUGUCGCUGAUAGGAGUCACAUUCCAAAACAUCUGAAGGGGUAAUGGGUUGGUGAAGGAUGAUUUAUAUUACGAAACAAAUGUUUUUUUUUCCUGGUAGCCUGCAACAUGGCCAGUACCGGCUCUAUAUUUAGAAGAGGUUAAGCUUAAGCUAGCAUUGGUAUGACUGAAAGUUAUUGCAGGGUCACAGAAGAUAAAUCAAUGGGACCACUUACACAAAUCUUUGUACUGCAUGAUAAACGAUGCUAUUUUUUUCCAUCUUGCUUUUACACACUAACCUGGUUCACAUUACACAAAACAGUGGCCAAGUGCAAUGACCUGGGUAUGCAGGCUCCCAGGGAGGAGACGAUAGCUGCCUUGCUCUUCCCUAGUUGUUUUGUUGCUGCAUUGCACACCAUGCUAAGACAUGGUGUGGCUUAGCAUGUUGUCCCAUCUCAGGCUUGAAGUCUAGUUCUGCAGGGCAAACUGCAAACCAAGAACAAACUUUACUUGCAGCUCAUCAUUAGUUUUGAUAAGAGUUAAACCACGAGCCUGGGUUAGAUGGUAUGGGGAGUCAAAACAUGGCUCAGUGUGGUCCAGCAGCAGAAUGACCAGAGGAGGGUAAAGUGGCCGUGAUGUCAUGUUCACGCUAAGCCAGUUUGGCACAAUGUGCAAAAACUGCCUAAUUCCAAUCUUACCUUUUUGACGUUUUCUAUGACAAAUACAGAAACAAUAUUCAAAUGAGAAAACUAUUUAUAUUAAGCACUGUUCAUACCCUAUGUGGUGUGAAUGUGAGUGGAUACAUUACAAGAUGAACAGAUAUUGUUUGUAUUAUAAUAUUUUUGAAAAACGAUCGUCAUUAGUCUUUUCUAAAUAAGAGCCUGGUUUCCAACUCUCUCAGAUGAUCACAAAAGUCCCAUCCACGCACUUCCUGUUAGUAUUCCUGCUGUAUAUACUGUAAUUCUUUGUGUGCUUUGGUGAUCAGUAUUGUAGUCAAAGUAACUUUCUCUUUUUUCCUAUUCUUUAAUUAAAAUGCUCUUUAAAAUUAAGGACCGAGUUCAGCUUUCGUGGCACAAAUCCCAAUUUCUACACUGCUGAAUGUAGUAGUCCUUUAAUGUUCAUGAGGCUGAGAAUCAUCCCAUAACACUUAUGCUAAUUAAAUCCUAUUUCUUUUCCAUCUCCUGCAGUUAGUUGCCAGAAACUUAUGCGCAGAAACAGGAGUUGUUCUUUUUUGGUCUAUAGAUUGCCAGCAUUCCAAAUUAAGCUGCAAUUUUUUUUGAAACUAUGAUUUCUGUGAUCUCGUCUUUCAGUUAUUUACAUAUACAGGAUUUAUUAUUUAUUUUUAUUAAAUUUUGUAUACUGCCUAUAUCCAUAGAUCUCAGGGCAGUUCACAAUAUAUAAUUACAAUAUAAAAACACACAAAAUACAUAAUAAAAAAGGACAGAAACAAACCAAUAAUCCCCGCUUCAUUCAAGAGGUUUUAAGGAACUGUAUUCCUGUUUCCAUCCCACUAAAAUAUUCUGUGUAGACUCCAUUCAAGAAAUUGCAUUAAAAAAUCAUUGUGUGCUCUUCUGCAACUUCCCAAUAAGAAUCUAUCCACUUUAAAUGGACUGCAAGAUUCAUUGUAUUGAAACAUAGCGUUCUGAGCCCCUAAAUUGUGGAGUUUCCCUUUUGGAAGUUCAGGUCAAUUUCGUGAAAUGCUCUUUAUUAAAAUGUUCAGUGGGACUUUUGCUCAGUCUCCUGAUAGCCCUCUCCCCUCAAAUAAAACUGCGUUUCACAUCUACAUAGCUAAAAUGUUUUAUUUUAAUCUAGUUAGCUAAUUGUUACUACCUGAACAACCACUACCACAAUGAAGGCUGAGAGCAUAGACUUCUUGAGUAGCUGAAGGCCUGAUGAUGCUAAAGGCAAGUUCCCCACACCCCCACUCAUUGCCCCAUUCAGUACAGCAGUUAAUGAACAAAACAUUUGCCUGAAUAAAGGGGCUUAUUAGAGAGAUCUGAUGCAGUUUGUUUCUCAUUUUUUAAAUGGCUGUGCUCCCUGGGAGCAGGAAUAUCAUAGAUUGCCUCUGAUUUUGAAUGUUUGCUUUGCUUCUUUUUUUAUUAUUACUCUGGUAGCAUUGUUCAAUGCUCAUAUUCCUGCAUUGGUUUUCCAAAAUUUAUUCUUAGAUUUCUGGGUACUAUUGUUUGAUCCUCUGAUAACUACCAAACUGGGUAAAAGGGCUACAUUCUCAUGUCUGCCCCUAACUGAGGUAGGUAUUUGAAGAUCGUAAAUAUUCAUGUAAAGAUGGCAGGAUUAGGUGGUAAGCUUGUACAUUGGCUUUAAAUCUUAAGGUUUGGGAUCUUGGAUCUCUCUUUUUAAAAAUUAAGAUACUAUUGUGCAUGUGUUUGAGGUCCGCCAUCCUGAAUGCAAAACAAAAUUCAAUAUAUCCCAUUAGUUGGUGAUCCGUCCACGUGUUCCGUAGCAUCGUAGUAAGUUGAUUCAUUGCUGAUGCAUCUCAUUUCUGGAGCAUGCAGAAAAUGAGAAUUCUGCAAAUUCAUUCCAUGCUAUAUUUGAAGUCUAGUCCUGCUGUUUGCCUUGCAAGACUAUAUGAUUUUGUUUGAAAAAGCACUAAAAACAACUUAUGUAGCCCACAAACGGGUAAAGCCAAAUUCUUUCCUAUAAAUAAAUAUUCCUUCGUCUUACAGAAAGACUUUGAUUCUGAUUAUGCCCUUUUGAGAACGUCAUAACAUGUACAAGAGGGUCCUGUGCUUUAAAUUUCAUACGGCCGUCAUUCAGAAGAGAAGGUUUUCCUAAACUAGUCCUUUAUUUCUCCCGAUGUUUAAGAAACCAAAGUGGUUAUGCCUGUUUUAAUACUUGUGAUUGGGGUUUCCUUUUUCUUUUUGUAUAAAUAUAAAGCCAAAUCUUUGUUGUUUGACCAUUUGGAAAAAAUCUUCAGUCUUUUAAACAUAACAGUGUUUUUAUUUAUUGAACAUAGCUUUGUAAAUCAACUAUAUAAUUAAAAUAAAAGUGUUUUAAUUUUU